GCGGGGCGACGAUCCGGACCUCCGCCGCUGCCCCCGCCCACGAAAAGCGAGUUCUACCCUCUUUUCUCAGAUGAGAUAAAGAUUUUGCUCCUGCCUCUGUGCUCCCCCGCACCCUGCUUGUUACACACUUUGAAAGGACCGGCCUGUUAAUUAACUUUAAUUACAAUCAUUGGCCUCCACCUACUGAACCCAGCACGGUGCAGUGGGACCUGCGGAGCAGGAGUUUACGGGAUCGAUCCAUCUCCUGCACUUUUGGAGACAGUUCUCUUGGGAGGAUGGGUGUCAUCCUGUUUAUUAAAGUUUAAGCACGUGAAACAUUCUUUGUGGAAAAAAUAACAUUUUAAGAAGAUAACCUUCUGAGUGGUAAAGGGAAAACCAGUAGAGAAGUACACCUUCUUUUGUAUAAGUCUCAUUGUGCUGCUUUUUAUAACUUAGCUUAGUAAUGAAGCCACCAUUAUGUCCUCAGUCAGUGAAGUAAAUAUUGAUAUCAGAGAUUUCUUAAUGAGCAUUAAUUUGGAGCAGUACCUCUUACAUUUUCAAGAGUUUGGCUUUUAUACUGUGAAGGACUGUGGAGGAAUAAAUGAUAGUGUGCUACAUGAAAUUGGAAUAUCACCUACAGGACACCGUAGGAGGAUACUAAAAAAAUUACAGAUGAUCUUGUCAAACAUGCAAGAAAUCCCAAUCUAUGCAAAUGUUCAUAAAACAAAGAAUGAAAACACUUCGAAGGAUCGCCAUGCUCCGUCUUCUGAUAGGAACACCUGCAUAGAACUUUCUGAUUCUGGAAGUGUUCAGACGCCUAGCUCGACACAGCUGGAGACAGUUGAAAAAACUCGAGAUCAGAAUGAUGUUCAUGUGGAAAAGAGCCAAUCUUUUCAAUCAGGUGAUAAGUUAUCUCUUUCCGAACAUGACUUUCCCAUUUCAGAAGAACUACACCUGAAUUUGGAUUCUCAUGAUUCAUUAUCUGGUAAGACAGAAUCUUUGGUGAUAAAGAAGACUAUGGAUGGUACAGUUAGAGAACACCCAACAGAAAAAGUUGAUUUGGUAUCAGAAAACUUCAGCCUACUUCCUAAUGCAGACCCUGAAUGUCUUUUCUCCCUGGAUUGUUCAGCAUCAGAAGCACAGUCUAGAAGUGGAACUAAUGGCUUACUAGAAAGUUCACUACCAUCCCCAUUGUUUCAGUUUCAAGGAGAAAUGGUUGUAAAUGAUUUGUAUGUUCCGUCAUCACCAGUCCUGUCACCUAUGAGAAGUCGUAGCAAGCUGGUUUCCAGGCCAUCUCGAUCUUUUCUGCUGAGACAUCGGCCUGUUCCAGACAUUCCAGGUGCAACAAAAGGGAUUUCAGGGAGCUACCUCCGUGAGAGAAGAACUGUUACUACCUCAACUGGAAAAUCUGUGACACUGCCAAAUUCAAACGAGGAGAAUUCAUCUUCCAUCUUUCCUUAUGGAGAGACCUUUCUCUUCCAGAGACUAGAAAAUUCCAAGAAGAGAUCUAUAAAGAAUGAAUUUUGGACCCAUGAAGAAACACUCAAAGGGGAAGCAAGUACUUCAGUGAACUCUUUUUUAAUCAAAUCAAGCAUAUAUGAUAAUAGAAAGGAGAAAAUAAGUGAAGACAAAGUAGAAGAUAUUUGGAUACCUCGAGAGGACAGAAAUAAUCUCCUGCAAGACUCUGCUUCUGAAUCAGAAUACUCAACAGUAGAAGAAUGCUUUCAGAGUUUAAGAAGAAAAAAUUCAAAGGCAUCGAAGUCUAGGACUCAGAAAGCAUUGAAUUUGGACCCUGUUAAUCGGCACAGCUAUCCUUUAAACUCAACAAGUGGAAAUGAGGAGGCAUCAGCUGUUUCCGCCAAUGCCAUCUCUCCCUAUGCAUGUUUCUAUGGGUCUUCUACCAUGAGGGUGAAGUCAGGAUGGUUGGACAAGCUCUCUCCUCAAGGAAAACGUAUGUUUCAGAAGAGAUGGGUGAAAUUCGAUGGCCUUAGCAUUUCUUACUACAAUAAUGAAAAGGAGAUGUAUUCAAAAGGAAUAAUUCCCCUUUCUGCUAUAUCUACAGUACGAGUUCAAGGAGACAACAAAUUUGAAGUUGUUACAACACAAAGAACUUUUGUGUUUAGAGCAGAAAAAGAAGAGGAGAGGAAUGACUGGAUCAGCACACUGUUAAGUGCACUGAAGUCACAGUCCCUUACUUCUCAGUCGCAAGCCGCUGUUGCCCCUGAGAAAUGUGGGUAUCUUGAACUGAGAGGGUACAAAGCCAAAAUUUUUACUGUAUUAAAGGGAAGCAGUGUGUGGCUUUGCAAGAAUGAGCAGGAUUUUAAGAGUGGACUUGGUAUUACCGUAAUUCCUAUGAAUGUAGCAAAUGUCAAGCAAGUGGAUCGAACUGCGAAGCAGUCUUUUGAAAUCAUCACUCCCUAUAGGAGUUUCAACUUUACAGCCGAGUCGGAAAAAGAGAAACAAGACUGGAUUGAAGCUGUGCAGCAAUCGAUAGCAGAAACUCUCUCUGAUUACGAAGUAGCUGAGAAGAUUUGGUUCAAUGAGUCCAACAGGAGCUGUGCAGAUUGUAAAGCCCCAGACCCUGACUGGGCGUCCAUCAAUCUCUGUGUUGUCAUCUGUAAGAAGUGUGCAGGACAGCAUAGAUCUUUGGGACCAAAAGAUUCCAAGGUUAGAAGUCUAAAAAUGGAUGCCAGCAUCUGGAGCAAUGAACUCAUAGAGCUUUUUAUCGUCAUUGGAAACAAAAGAGCAAAUGAUUUUUGGGCUGGUAACCUUCAAAAGGAUGAAGAAUUACAUAUGGACUCACCAGUAGAAAAGAGAAAAAACUUUAUUACUCAGAAAUACAGAGAAGGAAAAUUCAGAAAAACUCUUUUGGCCUCUCUGACCAAAGAAGAAUUGAAUAAGGCUCUGUGUGCAGCUGUAGUGAAACCAGACGUGCUGGAGACAAUGGCUUUGCUGUUCAGUGGUGCAGACGUCAUGUGUGCCACCGGAGACCCUGUGCACAGCACCCCCUAUCUGUUGGCCAAGAAAGCUGGACAGAGUCUGCAGAUGGAGUUUCUGUACCAUAACAAAUUCUCAGAUUUCCCUCAACAUGACGUUCAUUCUGAUAUGGGGCUAAGUCAAGAGCCGGCCCAGGCCACGUUCCUCUGUGACUUUUUGUAUCAAGCUCCUGCUUCUGCUUCUAAAAUAUCUUCAGAGAAAAAAAUACUUGAAGAGACAAAUAAAAAGUGGUGUGUUUUGGAAGGAGGCUUCUUGAGUUACUAUGAAAAUGAUAAGUCUACUACACCCAAUGGCACCAUUAACAUUAGUGAAGUGAUCUGCCUGGCCAUACACAAAGAAGACUUCUAUUUAAAUACCGGGCCUGUUUUUAUCUUUGAGAUCUACUUACCUUCAGAGCGUGUGUUUUUAUUUGGAGCUGAAACAUCUCAAGCUCAAAGAAAAUGGACGGAGACUAUAGCCAAGCAUUUUGUUCCCUUUGUUGCUGAAAACUUAACAGAAGCUGAUUAUGAUCUGAUCGGUCAACUCUUCUACAAAGACUGCCAUGCCCUGGAUCAGUGGAGGAAAGGCUGGUUUGCUAUGGAUAAAUCUAGUUUGCGUUUUUGCCUUCACAUGCAAGAAGCUCAAGAAGAUAGAAUGCAUUUAAGACGACUGCAAGAGCUAACAACCAGCACAAUGGUUCAAAAUGGGGAAAAGCUGGAUGUCUUAUUCCUGGUAGAAAAAGGGAGAACGUUAUACAUCCAUGGGCAUACCAAGUUGGAUUUCACAGUCUGGCAUACUGCAAUUGAAAAAGCAGCAGGUACAGAUGGUAAUGCAUUACAGGAUCAGCAGCUCAGCAAAAAUGACGUUCCCAUUAUUGUGAACAGCUGUAUAGCAUUUGUUACACAGUAUGGUUUGGGUUGCAAGUACAUCUAUCAAAAGAAUGGUGAUCCUUUGCACAUAAGUGAACUCCUGGAGAAUUUCAAGAAGGAUGCAAGAAGUUUUAAGUUGAGGGCUGGAAAGCAUCAGCUUGAAGAUGUCACGGGUGUGCUGAAACGUUUUCUGUCUGACAUCGACGACGCGCUUCUCACUAAGGAGCUCUACCCGUACUGGGUCUCUGCCUUAGAUACACAAGAUGAAAAGGAAAGAAUUAAAAAGUAUGGAGCAUUUAUACGUACUCUUCCAGGAGUUAACCGAGCAACGCUUGCAGCUAUAAUUGAACACCUUUACAGAGUUCAGAAAUGCUCAGAAAUCAAUCACAUGAAUGCCCAUAAUCUGGCUUUGGUGUUUUCAUCGUGUUUGUUUCAAACUAAGGGACAAACGAGUGAAGAAGUGAAUGUAAUCGAGGACCUAAUUAAUAAUUAUGUGGAAAUAUUUGAGGUUAAAGAAGACCAAGUCAAACAAAUGGACAUAGAAAAUAGCUUUAUUACCAAGUGGAAAGACACCCAAGUUUCCCAGGCUGGAGAUUUGUUAAUUGAGGUGUACGUAGAAAGGAAAGAACCAGACUGUAGCAUUAUAAUUCGGAUAUCUCCUGUGAUGGAAGCAGAAGAAUUAACUAAUGACAUAUUAGCAAUAAAAAAUAUUGUUCCUACGAAAGGUGAUAUAUGGGCCACAUUCGAAGUCAUUGAAAAUGAAGAGCUAGAGCGCCCUCUUCACUACACAGAGAAUAUACUGGAACAGGUGCUUCGGUGGAGUUCAUUAGCCGAACCCGGUUCUGCUUACCUUGUGGUGAAGAGAUUCUUAACCAUCGACACGAUUAAACAUUACAGAGAAAAAGGUAUCAAGGAAGGAGUUUUGAAAAUCAAAGAAGAGCCAUCUAAAAUACUGUCUGGAAAUAAAUUUCAAGACCGAUAUUUUGUUCUACGAGAUGGAUGCCUGUUUCUUUACAAGGACCCAAAGAGCAGUAAACAUGACAAAAUGUUUCCUCUCAGUUCAGUGAAGUUUUAUCUCGGUGUGAAAAAGAAGAUGAAGCCUCCAACAAGCUGGGGAUUGACUGCAUAUUCUGAAAAACAUCACUGGCACCUGUGUUGUGAUAGUUCACAGACCCAGAUGGAGUGGAUGGCCAGUAUCUUUAUUGCCCAGCAUGAAAAUGAUAUAUGGCCACCAGCUGGAAAGGAACGAAAGCGUUCAAUAACCAAAAAUCCCAAAAUUGGAGGUUUACCUCUAAUUCCCAUCCAGCAUGAAAGAAAUGCAACCCAAGCCCGGAGAAAUAUUGAGAGUGCGAGGGCAGAACUUGAAAGGCUGCGGCUCAGUGAAAAGCAUGGGAGGGAAGAGUCCAUGGAACCCAGCUUAAAGGACCGGGCCUCCAUCGUGGCCCAGUGCCUGGAGCACAAGGAGGACAGACUUCGAGAUCGGACCAGAAAACACCGGAGUUUCGUCUGUCUGGAGGACACAGAGGCCGAGCUCCAACAGGGGCAACAGAAAGGCCAGAAGGGCCUAAAGGCGUUGAAGAAGACCGAAGACAAGAGCAGCAAAGCUGCUCUGGACUCAGACCAUAAACUGCCGUCAAAGGUAAUUGAAGAACUUAGUGUGGUUUUACAGCGGUCAAGAACCCUGCCUAAAGAGUUACAAAGUGAACGGAUUUUGAACAAAGAAAUAAAAUGAAUUGGUCCACAAUUUUUUUUUAAAUAUUGUAUACAGUAUGUGUAAAGCAGAAACCAGACUAUGAAAUAAUUCCUAAGUUUGGAGGCAGACUUGUCUCUAUUUAAGAAGUGUGUCUAUCUAAACUUAAACAUUUAAAGAGCAUUUUAAAAUAUGUAUAUAUAUGUGAUUAAGUGUAAGAUAAACUUCGUUUUGCUCUGAACAAAACUUGUAAAGUUCCAUUGUAUUAACUUUGUGUAAGAAAGCAUCGCGUUACUCUAAGUGGUCAACCCUUUUAAAGUAGUCUGCUAAGUGGGUAACUUAUGAGCAGAGGUCUCAGACUGUACUGUAUUGUAUAAAAUGCUGUGUUUAAAUAAAGCCUAUGAAACUAUCUGUAACAUAUUUUGCACUUUGAGAAAACUUGUAUAUUAAGUUACCAUAUGUUUUUGGGUUUACAUGGGGUACGCAGGAGGGAAAAGAAAGGGAGUGAGUAGAAAAGGGGGAGAAUUUAUUUUAGUGGCUAACGGGUAACAUUGAGUUUUUAAAAAGAAGAAAAGUUAACGUAUGCUCUACCAUCCAAGGAAGUGACCUAAGAUUCAUUCUAGUUCACUAAGGACCAGAAUUUGUUAAGGAAAAACUGCUUGUUAAGAAAAACAUCCAGGGUCUAAGCAUGUCCUCAGGAGCUUUCAGACAACCAACCAGAAUAGUGGCACUGGCUGUUCUUGUUUAUGGCGGCGGUGAAUGAGCCGCACUGUACAUUCACUACACCCCAGCUGUUUGUCAGUGGCUGCUGAGAGGAAACAUACACUGCACUGGAGAGGUUGGGGGCAUGGGCCGGGCGCGGAUGUCUUGUGCACUGUUGCUGUAGGCAGGCGAGGUUUUGAGUUCCUAACUCUGUUUUUGGUACGAACAAAAUGCAUCAUUACGUGAUCUUUUUGCUGCUGUUGUUUUGAUGUUUAAUGUUUUUUAUUUGAAUUUUUUUUUACAUGAGGUUGUAAUGUCUUUCUCUGCCUUGUCAGAACUAACUGGAAGUGCUUAACACAUGGCCAUGUUGGGGUAGGGGAUAGUUAAUGUCUAUCUACUACACAUUUCCUGACCAGCAGUUCGCAUUCCAUGUGGUUGUUUUGGGGUUUUUGUUGUCGUUGUUUUAGUAAAGCACUGGUAUGCUGCCUAUAAUUAGGAAAAUAACAAGGCCAUCUAUUUGUGUUUCCAUAUAAAGACACCUACAAAAUUGGAGAUUUUUCUAAGACGGGCAAUAAUAUUUUAUAGCUUAUAUUAUGGGCAGCACUUUUCAACAGUUUCAUUCAAAUUGUGUUAAGUUUGAUGAGCUUUGAUAUUAAAAACUAUUUUAUGGAACUAAAUUUUAUCCCUCACAUUUUUUCCUAUUUGUUAGGUGUUUUUCUUAUCAGAAUUUUUCCGUGUACAAAAGCCCAUCCUUUGGUUACUGCAAUCAGAGAAAAGUAAUGUGCUAUUAAGUUCUGUGGUUUUCUUUACUAUAAAAUUCUGAUUUCAUUGGGUAGGGGUAAAAAUUGUUUACCAUGAGUAAGAGUAUUCUUUAAAUCAAAAUAAAUUGGAGUUAAAUAAAUAAAGCUGCAGGGCAGUUGUUCUAAGAUGCACUCCUGGUGAAACUUCCUUUGAAGCAAGAAAUCUUAUCCUGGAAGAAAAACUAAUUUUAAACUAUUAUUUCUAAUAAAUAAUGUUAUUUAUAUUUUUAUGGAAAAAGACCUAUGGUAAUUAAUGUUUGGUGAUGCUGAGCAGUGGGAAAGUGUCUACUGAGUUUUUAACCUGCUUUUUACUUGAAUUUUCUUGAAAUUUAAGCUUAAAAUCUAAUAGCUUCUGGUUUUCUUCCUUUUCUCAACAAUUGUCUCCAUUUUUCAAGUAUAAGGGCUAAAAAUAACAUCUCAUGUAUUUUGAGUAACAGUUAAGAUUGUUUUACAGAUUCAUUUGAAUGUGCUGUUUUCUCUAUUGUUUUCAGAAGUUGAAGGCUAUGUUAUUGUGAAAUAAAUUCUUUAUCCAUUUCUUUCUUUCAUUAAAAUUUGAAUUUAAAGUAUA